CCGUUCUUGGCCUCACGCGCACACCGCUAUUCGUAGACCCAUGGACCUGGCUUGGAACACAUUGAGCGGCUUCGCUGCGUCGACAAGAGACGUUAUCGAGCAGCCGGUCUUGGCCGCAGGACAGCCUGCAUCGCCAACUGUCCAAGGCGACCAUGAUCAUGCGCCACAGUCUGUAGCCGAGCCACUCAGGUCUGAAGAAGGACAUGAUCACUCUGUCGAGAGCGACGAGGACGACGGGUCUCCAUCUUUGGCUUCAGAUUCGAUUUCAGACUCGGAUGUCGGACGUGAUGACGGCGGAGAACACAGCGAUACUAGCAUGCCUUCACUUCAGAGCGUAUCCGACUCGUCAGAUGACGAUAUCUCAGACUCAGAAGGUACUAUACAGGUGAGACAAGUGCAGAGGCAAGGUGUGCUGCUUGGAGAGGACGUCAGUAGAGAUACGGCCGCGUAUGCGCGGUUCAUGUCGGUGGACGAGGACGGUGAAGACGAGGACGAUGAAGAUUAUGACGAUGAGGAUGACUGGAUAGACGAUGAGGAGGAAAUUCUUCAGUCGCAACUGCUACCCGAAUUCGACGUGAAUUUGAGACCGCAGGAUCUACUAGACCUGCUACUUACGCCACGAAGGCAAGCGAUCGAUAACGACCCUAUGCGCGCCGAAAUCUUGUUGAAGGGUCUUGAAGUGGUGCCCGAGGAAAUCGUUCGCCGAUAUGAGAAGCUGCGAAGUGGAAUUGAAGAUGAUAACGACGGCUGUGCAGUCUGCCGUGACGCAUUCCUUCAAGAUUGUUCAGAGGAGACACCGCUCGACAAGCACGACGGUACAGCUCAAACCGGUGCCCUCUGCGAGCAGCCCCCACCCCAUUCUGCACCUGGCUUCAUCCUUGUCUUCCCAUGUCCUGGCAGGCAUCUCUUCCACCGCGAUUGUCUCGCGCCAUGGCUUGCCCGGAAGACGACCUGUCCAUCGUGUCGUUUCGAUAUUGAUCCGGAUUCUUUGACGCUGAACAUCGUGAGCUUUGGCUCAUCGCCGCCAGAUGGGAGAGCGGACACACUGCAGACGAGAAUGAAAUGGGAGCCGCCCAAGGUAGCGAAGUUAGAGGAAUGGCUGGAGCAGGAAGAGUAUGCCCGCGCCCAUGGAACUAGUGCACGUCAUAUGAGUUACACGCAGUGCCCAAUUGGACCUCAAUAUGAAGAUGAGGCACACGCUGAUGAUGAGGGCGAGAGUGAAGACGGUAGAGAUGGUCCGCUGGAUAAUUCGCGAACACAUCCUUUCAGCCAACAUUCUCGAGAGAGUACCUCCGUUGCGCAUUCUUCCCAGUCAGCGCGAAGUUCAUCUCGUCGUGUGGUCGGAUCUUUGUCUUCUGCGCCUUACAGCACGACCACGCGGACCACCUCUCCUCCUCGACCACAUAACUCAGCUAGGGCCUCCCAGCUGAUGGCAUUGCUGGAAGCGAAUGCGCCCUCACACGUAUCUGCUAUGGACAUGCACGAUGCCGUGUACGAGAAUAUGUUGUCAGGCGUUCUUCGCCUGGCUCGCUCGCACAUACUCACAGGCCCCCCGACAAUGCCCCUUUCGUUUACUCAACAUCAAGAUCACGGCCCAGAAAGUGAUGAAGAGCCUCCUCCACUAGAGUGAAGAACGUUUUGACUUAUUCAAACCUAUAUGCUACAUUAUGUGUUUUAGUCGCUCCAAUUCCUGAUCAUCGUCAUCGGCACACCCUUAUACUUUACCAACAUUGCACCAAUCAUAUCUUGGUCGGUUUUAUCGGUCGGAACUUAGGUAACUAGGAUGUGCAAUGUCUAAUUCAUCAGAGCUCGCUGCAUGAAGCCAUGUACGAAUCUUCCAUGCGCCAAUUUAGUCAUGCGCGACCAAUAUUUAUACUUCGGACAGCCGUACUCAACUUUUACGAAGCAGUCCAAUGAAGUGG